GGGGCGCUCUACACCAGCGAGCCCUCUGUCAGCGAGAUAACCGAUUCUCCGAUAAAUACCGGUAAUCGAUUGUAUUUAAGGAUAGUUUUCUACAUUGUGGACAAGUUGCAACUAAUAAAGAAUAAAGGCGAGAAUAUGAAAGAAUGACUUUGGAUAAAAAUGUGACUGAAUUUAAAAGAAGGAUGAAGAACUUAGACGUCUAACCUUUAGAAAUACUGGAACCAUGUCGGCUGACGGGGAGGUCCAGGCUGCCGGCACUGAUGAUGACAAACUGGUCCGACCAAAAGCAGAGUUUUGUUCUCUGCUGCAACAUGCUGGAGCCACUAAAGAUGUUUUUACCAUGAAAGAGGUGAUGUUCUACCUGGGCCAAUACAUCAUCCAGAAGCAGCUGUACGAUCAGAAGCAGCAGCACAUCGUCCACUGUUCCCAGGAUGCACUGGGGCGGGUGCUGGGAGUCGACAGCUUCUCAGUCAAAGAGCCACGAAUUCUGUUUGCGAUGAUCACCAAGAACCUGGUGGUGGUGAGAGACGACGUGUUGCCGUCAAGUCAAGGUGAAUCUCAGAGCAGCAGCAGUCAGACGGACGCGCGCACAGAGGAGGUGCAGUCAGAAAGCCACUCAUCACCAGGGAGGAGGAGGAGCAGGAGGAGAAGGAGGAGGAGCUGCAGGAGCAGUGACCCAGGCCCCUCCCGCUAUGAGAAUAAUGAGGAUGAUGAAGAGGAGGUGGAGGAGAGAAAGCGGAGGAGGUCUGACAGCUACUCCCUGACCUUUGAUGACAGCCUGUCCUGGUGUGUGAUUGGCGGAUUGGGAAGUGCACGGGACAGACAUAACAGCCAAUCAUCUGAUUCGCAGAGCGUGUCUGAAAGGUCAGAGGUCGCAGCUCCCGCCUUGGACUCGGACAGCGAUAACUUCAGCGUGGAAUUUGAGGUGGAGUCCAUUGACUCUGACGACUACAAUGAAGAUGACGCCUCCCUGUCCACAGACGACCAGAUGUAUGAGGUGACCAUCUUUGAAGCAGACGAUGACGAUUCGUUCGAUGAGGACACAGAGAUCACAGAAGCUGAUUACUGGCGCUGUCUGAAGUGCGAUGAGCUCAAUCCGCCCCUCCCCAGAAACUGUUUGCGCUGCUGGACUCUCCGCCAGGACUGGCUUCCUGUGGACAACAGUGGUGACCCCGCCUCUUCCACUCCUAAAGCCCUGCCCCUAAAACCAGCUGCCAAAGAACCAUCUGGUUCUGAUGUUGAGGACAACGAUGGUGUCGACGUUCCAGAUGGGAAGAGAGCCAAAACUCCUCUUCCCCUGCCAAACUCUUCAGACUCUACCUCCUGUUCAUCUCCUAACUCCCAAGAACACCUCCCAGACUCUCAGCCCUCCUCCUCCUCUCAGGAGAAGUUCUGGACUCCAGACUCUCAGCCCACCUCCUCCUCCUCCUCCACUGUUGACUCCCAGAAGCUUAUCUCGUCACCUCCUCCCUCUAUCAUCCCAGCAAUGGAGCGCACCAUCUCUGCAGAGUGUCGGCUUCCGGACUCGUGCCUGGAUCCGUGUCUCAUUUGUCAGUCCCGGCCAAAGAACGGCUGUAUUGUCCACGGACGGACUGGACACCUGAUGUCCUGCUAUGUGUGCGCCAGGAAGCUGAAGAAGAGGAACAAGCUGUGUCCUGUGUGCAGGAUGCCCAUCCAGUCCGUCAUCCUCACUUACCUCAGCUGAGAUGCCUGUCUGGCCACGCCCACUCAGAUAUUGCAGUUUAUUUUCUUUAAAUAAAAUUUAUGGUUUGUGGUGCA